AUGGGGGACAACCACACCAGUGUCACUGAAUUCUGCCUUCUAGGCUUCCCUGGGUCCCAAGAGCUACAUCAGAUUCUUUUUGCUAUAUUCCUCUUCUUCUACUCAGUGACCCUGAUGGGAAACGCGGUCAUCAUCAUGAUUGUCUGUGUUGAUAAGCGUCUGCAGUCCCCCAUGUACUUCUUCCUCAGCCACCUCUCUGUCCUGGAGAUCCUGAUCACAACCAUAAUCGUGCCCGUGAUGCUCUGGGGCUUGCUGCGGCCUGGGAUGCAGACGAUGUCUUGGACUGCGUGUGUCGCUCAACUCUUCCUGUACCUUUCUGUGGGGACCACAGAGUUCGCGUUACUGGGAGCGAUGGCUGUGGACCGCUACGUGGCUGUCUGUAACCCUCUGAGGUACAACAUCAUUAUGAGCAGCCGCACUUGUAUCUGGAUGGUAAUCGUGUCAUGGGUGUUUGGGUUUCUUUCUGAAAUCUGGCCAGUCUAUGCCACAUUUCAGUUUACCUUCUGCAAAUCAAAUCUGCUAGAUCACUUUUACUGUGACCGAGGGCAGUUGCUCAAACUAUCCUGUGAUGACACUCUUUUCACAGAGUUUGUUCUUUUUCUAAUGGCUGUUUUUAUUAUCAUUGGCUCUUUGAUCCCGACAAUUGUCUCUUACACCUACAUCAUCUCCACCAUCCUCAAGAUCCCCUCAGCCUCUGGUCGGAAGAAAGCCUUCUCCACUUGUGCCUCCCACUUCACCUUUGUCAUCAUUGGCUAUGGCAGCUGCUUCCUGGUCAUCAUUCGCUACGGCAGCUGCUUCUUCCUUUAUGUGAAACCCAAGCAAACGCAGGGCGCUGAGUACAAUAAGAUAGCUUCCCUGUUGGUUUCAGUGUUAACCCCUUUCCUGAAUCCUUUCAUCUUUACUCUCCGGAAUGACAAAGUCAAAGAGGCCCUUCGAGAUGGAGUGAAACGUUGCUGUCAAUUCCUCAAAGAUUAG